AUGAUUUAUAACGCUGGAGCUGGCUGGAGAGAGAUACCGCUCUUAGGUGGAAUUGGGUGGUCGUCACGGAGGGUUAGCGAGUAUCUUGAUAUUACGCGGAAUAAAGUACGCCAUGCUGUUGAUCAGGGUGCUCCUACCCCUCGCCGUCCUUGUGGUCGAAGCCCGAAAUUGAUCACGAGUGAGGUUGAUGAUAUUAUUGCUUUUAUUACUGCGAACGAGACGAAUCGCCGUCUCUCGUAUGAGAAGCUGGUUGAUAUACUAUCCCUGAAUAUCUCGGUUAAUACCCUUCCACGUACCCUAUCUCGGAGGGGGUAUAACCGGCGUAUUGCGAUUGAUCGACCUGAUAUAAAGGAAAAGAAUAUCCUUGAACGUCUUAAAUGGGCACGUGGGCAUUGCCGAAUUAUUUGGACUGAUGAGACUUGGGUGACUCCUGGAUACCACCGAGAGAUGCGAGUGACGAGACGUAUUGAUGAAGAGAGGCACCCUGACUGCCUUCGACCACGACGCCGGAAAAGCGGAGGCUGGAUGUUCUGCUCGUUUCUUGGAACUGAAAAGGGACCGUGUCUAUUUUGGGAGAAGGAACGGGGCUGGAUAUCUGGUGAAUCCCAUGUUGUAAGUAUUGCCCCUUUAAUGGAAGGAUUCUUCCGUUUAAGAAGGGAGUAA